UCCUGUUUCCGGUUGAGUUUACCCACGUUGUGUGUUGAGUCGCGAGUGUGGGGUUCUUGAGGGAAAAAAUAAAUAAAUUAACGGUUGCAUUACAAAAUGAGACCACUGACAGACGACGAAACGAAGGUUUUGUUUGAGAAACUUUCCAAAUAUAUUGGAGAGAACAUUAAGCUUCUGGUGGAUCGCCCAGAUGGAAUAUACUGCUUCAGACUGCAAAACGACCGUGUUUAUUACGUAAGUGAAAAAAUCCUUAAACUGGCCACUAAUAUCUCCCGGGAUAAGUUGGUGUCCCUGGGAACGUGUUUUGGAAAGUUCACCAAAACGCAGAAGUUCCGUCUGCACAUAACGGCUCUGGACUUCCUCGCUCCCUAUGCCAAGUUCAAGGUGUGGGUGAAGCCUGGAGCCGAGCAGUCCUUCCUGUAUGGGAACCACAUUCUGAAGUCGGGUCUGGGCCGGAUCACGGAGAACACGGAGCGGUACCAGGGGGUAGUGGUGUACUCCAUGGCAGAUGUGCCUUUGGGGUUCGGCGUGGCAGCGAAAUCCACGCAGGAGUGUCGGCGGAUGGACCCCAUGGCCAUCGUCGUGUUCCACCAGGCCGACAUCGGAGAGUACGUGAGGAAGGAGGACACACUCACAUAAAUGACUGGCGACCUCCAGCCGACACCCGGGGGCUGGAAAGGGUGAGGCUCGGUCACCAGAGGGACAGUAGUACCACGGCCUCGGAGUCGGACUGCCUUCCUCCCGAGUGCUGGUGAAAGCCCACGGCCGACGUAAUGGAGACGGCUUCCGGCGAUUGACAAAAUCCUGCAAGUCGUGUGGGAACGUGAAUAAAUCAUUUUUGUAAAUCUUAGUGUCUUUUAAAAAACCGAUGACACGCGGACUGAUUGGUGUGGUUCCAGGGACCUGACAGGUGGGUCCUGCCGCAGUGCUGAUGUAUGAAGCUCCAGUUUCCAGGACCCAGUUUAGCCCUUUACGCUUUCUUUCUGGAAGGAGUUCACACUGAAGGCCUAAAAUGUGAAACCUGGAAAUAAACACAACAGAGUGCAA